AUGGCUCCUAAUAAUUCAGUUGCUGCUAAACGCUUGAUAAUCAUUCUGCAGAUUAUCCUAGCUGUUUUCUUAUCCUUUUCUGCGAAUUCAGAAGCACGCCUUAUGAUACAUGAUAGAAGCAGCCUGGCUCUUUUUCAUAAGCUGGGGUUUAAGUUGCCUGUGCACAAUACUGGAGCAGCAAAGAGACUUGUGCCAUCCGGACCCAAUCCGGAAAAGAGUCCGGGAACACCGCCUGGUGUCGUAGGUGCUGGUGAAGUGAAGAGACUCGUUCCAUCUGGACCCAAUCCAGAGACUAGCCCAGGAACACCGCCACCAGGUGCUGGUGAAGUGAAGAGACUCGUUCCAUCCGGACCCAAUCCAGAGACUAGUCCUGGAACACCGCCACCAGGAGCUAGUGAGUCUAAAAGACUCAUUCCAACCGGACCCAAUCCAAAGACUAGUCCGGGAACACCGCCACCAGGUGCUGGUGAAGCGAAAAGACUCGUUCCAACUGGACCCAAUCCGAAGAAGAGUCCAGGAACACCGCCGCCAGGUGCUGGUGAAGUGAAGAGACUCGUUCCAUCCGGACCCAAUCCGAAAAAGAGUCCAGGAACACCGCCUGGUGUUGUAGGUGCUGGUGAAGUGAAGAGACUCGUUCCAACCGGACCCAAUCCGAAAAAGAGUCCAGGAACACCGCCUGAUGUUGUAGGUGCUGGUGAAGUGAAGAGACUCGUUCCAUCUGGACCCAAUCCAGAGACUAGUCCAGGAACUCCGCCACCAGGAGUGCUAGGUGCAACUCUGCCGUAG